UUAGAAUACAUCGCAGUGAUAAACAGAUGUAACUCCGGGCUGUUUAGCUUCAAGGUUAUGUUCGAUACAGGAUCUGCACCUCCUAAACAUGAUCCUCCAGCUUCAAUGGAGCCAUAUGAUCUCGGUGGAGAUAAGGAUCUGGGAGCUCUCAGUAAUGCACAACAAGCAGCAACAAAUCAACUUAAGACUCAAACACGAUUAAGCAACGAGCAGUAUUUACGGAGACAUCCAGAGGUGAAAUAUAUGAUAACAGCGUUUUUAAGAGAUAUCUUAACAAAGCAACCUGAGGAUGCUAGGGAGCAUUUCGUCGACUUUUUUACUAGUCCGAAUCUCCUAAGUAACAUCGAAACAAUCAAAGAAGAGUACAUGCAACAAUAUCAUGAUGAUUCAGUCAUACGUUCCUUGGGACAAGAGGACCUGCACCCAGAGGUCUAGGGUAGACUUUGUUGAUUGUAAAUGUUUUGAAACAAACAGCCUGCGAAAAGUAGGUUUUCAGUGUUCCAUGAUCCUUAUUCCUUUCUUAGAUCAGCUCCAGUUUAAAGGAAGAUGUGCAUAUUUAACUAUUUCUUUCCCUACAACAUCGCAAACAACUAAAAACUGGACACACAGAAGCUGGUCUUCACCAGAUGAAUCUUUUUGUGACACUAAACUUUUUCUUAUCUACUGUAGGUGAGAUUCAUUUUAGCUGUUGGGAAAAAUACAAGUUAGACCUUAUAAAGUGAAGUGUACUAUUGUUUUUUAUGCAGAUUUCUCAUUGACGAGCGUCUAAUAAUACAUUCGCUUGUACGUGUAGGGUCACUAGAAUUCGGCUGAAAAAGCCAACGACUUUCAUGUACAGCAAUAAAUCAUACGACACACUUUAAGUGCUUCUGUUCAUUGGUAAAUAUAGCUGGGAACUUAUCAUACUACUACAGGUGCACCUGCCAGUCAUCAGGGGUAAAGAUAAUGGACCGGUGGAUUGUAAUAAUUCCUGCAGCUGGUGAUACUUCAGGAAUAUAUGCUUACUUUGGAAGUAUUAACACAAGGCAAAUAUAGUAUGUCCUCUAAAAAGCCUCCCUUGUUUACAGCUCGGCAGGAAGAACAAAUUUCCAGAUAUCUGUACUUCCGAUCAUAUCUUCAGAUGAUCUGUAAUGUUUUGGAAUAGGGAAAGGUCGCAUCGACAACUGUCGAUCUUGAAUGUACUGAGAGGAUCAGGUACAAUCUAACUUGUCCGCAAGGAAGAAAAUAUAUAAGACUAUCGUCGUACGGCUAAAUAUAAGAAUUCAACUGUACCUUACCUAGCACUCAUCUUUUGUCAGGAGAAAAGUGUUAGAACAAAACUAAUUUAUCAACUUUGUGACAACAAAUAGUCAGUUUUCCAACAUUUCAGUCAACAGCAUAAAACUUUCCUCGUUACUAAUAUUAUUGACAUAACUAGUUAUAAUUACGUUAUGCAAAAUGUAAAGGAGUAUAUAUUUUUGUUGCAAUAUUACAUCCUUUAAAAUGUAAACCGUGCCGAGAUUUUCUCGGAACAAAGUGAUUAUUAUCGUUAAUUAUAACAGAAAUCGGAAGUGUAAACUGGGAAAAUCUCACCAGUAAUUUUGGGAGUUGCAGUUACUUUAGUGGCACAAGAUUGGUGACUCAAUCUGUUUUUAUGCUUACAAUAGACUAAUCAAAACCUUGAGACUUGAUCUGUUUGCACGUAUAUGCACUUUGAUCAGUGCUAGAAAGUGACUCAUUGGGAUAGCUACUUGACUUUACAGUUUGAGUGUACGUCUUUGACGACAAGCAAGUCAGUGCAGAACCUUGAAUAGAGGCUCAAUGUUUCAAGUUGCCACACUUGACAACGUGAAAAGAGGAAGCAUAGUGAUACGCAAUACUGUGGUGGGAAAAGUGUAUAGUAUGAGCCAGAAUGAAUAUCGGAUGGUUAAUGAAAAUAUCCAAGACUUUGAACAUGACAAGAUGAGUGUGUCUGUUCCGCUAUGAUCGACUUUCAGCCUGACCAAGUCUCCAAGUAUUGAUUCCUAUCGUCUUAACAAUCCAAACCAGGCAGUCUACACCUUACGUCGUCUAGACUAACACUUAGACUUCAAGGACUGGUACCAUACCUUUCGUCCAGCCAACUCCUAUUCCCGCUGACACCACACUGACGUAGGCGGUGCAAUAUGUCUGCAAGUCAGUUCAAUCGCUAAAGGCUCACACUUUUGCCGACUGAUUUGCUUAGUAACCUAGAUAUAUUUCAUAGGGUGCAUCAACUGGAUGCCGACAAUGAUACGAAAGCAAUUACGGCCAAGAACUUGUAACCUCCCCAUAUCUCCUACUUUCCGCCACCAUUUUAUACAACAUACUCAAUACAUGUUUAAUUUACUAGUCUAUGAGUUGCCUAUUUCUGGAAAGGGUUAUAAUACUUCACUGUUGCCCAGGCUGUGUGGGGUCAUUGCCCAUUGCUUGAAGUUUGAGUGCUUAAGCCAAUAAGGCACCACUCCACUUUUAUGAACCCUAUAGAUGACACUAGUUGUUCUUUGCAUUUACCAAGAAUGAACCAAAUGUUUUGGGGUCGAGUUACGGGCAGUUGUCUAAGCUAGUAAAUACUUGAAGAUACGUUUGGAUAGCAAAUGUUGAGCACUGCUAACAUAUCUUACUUCACAGGAUCAAGUGACUUGAUAAAUACAUAUGGUGAUGGUUAAGUGAGGUAGCUUAUCGUUUACGCAUAAUCGAAGCACUGGAUAAGUGGAAGUUAGUUUGAACCUAUUGUGUGACAUUUAUAUGGGGUUGUAUAUUUGGACAAUAACAUCACUGAACAGUGGUUUCUUUUCCUUCGAGUUUCUUCAUGCUAUUUCUGUGACAAACGGUCAUGCCGCAGGCGAUAACCAAUGUACGUUCUGUAUGUACAGCCCCAAGUAGGUUAGUUACGCGUGGUAAACAAUUUUUUUGCACAAAAUGACGCACUUAAAAUGUUACUUGAUUCGACUGAAGGGUCUUCAAGGAGUUGUUGAUAGUUAGAAUAUCAGUAGCUUCAAAUCAAGACUGAUUUCACAUUCUCAAGUAUUAAUCAAUUGUGGUGCCAAUUAGAUAGUUAUCAGCUGUCUUACGAAGUCUUUUUAGUAAAACCCUAAAUUAUGUAUUGUCUUUAAACAAACGUUUGUAAACCAUAUUUAGAAGUUAACUCAAGAAAACUGCCACUUCAGCCAUUAAAAUCACACUAAACAUCCCUGUCGAAAAAAGUAGCCAGCAAGAUAACUCGUACUAAUCCAGCUCACCAGUUUUUAUGUUUCGAACAUACUUGUAGUGAGUCAUGUACUGAUCGAAUAGAAGGUUGAAUAAUGGAAAUAGUUUGCAUAUGCAGUAGUUGCACUUUGUCCUAGGUUAUUAUAAUGGCAUAAUCUGGUAUACGUAGUCUAAAACGCCUCAGAACGGAUAACCUUGGUAGAAUACUGAAGUUUUCUCGAAUCAACAGUGAAAUUCACUUGACUUGUAUGACAAUCAAUUUUCAUGAGAUCUCUACAGAGAGUGAAGCCAUUCACAACUCAGUGCUAAGUUUUCUCACCUCAGCACAGGAAUGUGCUGUUGGAAGUCUCUUCAGAAACAUGAACUUCCUUAAAGUUGCAGGUGAGUCUUGCUGACUGUAAUCUCUUUCCAGCUAGGUCACCAAGUCGUUAGCUAUUGAUUUCAAAAAUAUAGAAGUCUUCAUCCAUCCAAGUCAGCACAGAACCAAGCAUUACCGUGUAACGGUCCGAGUUGCUACACCUCAUAUCACUGAAUCAAGUAAAAAGGCAGUGAAGUGGAAGAUGAAAAGAAAAUUCGGUCAAAAAAAUAUAAAGUACUAAAAGAGAGAAAGGAAGCAUGAGAAAAUGGUGAGAUUCGGUAUACCGUUAAGAUGAGGAUAAUGUACGUAUACAUCUUUGCUGUUGACAUCGGUUCUUGGCCAUGUCACUUAGAGUCAGGCCCCAACCACUGGUUUUUCUUGUUCCGUGGACCCCAACCGGCUAGUCUGCAUCUCCCCACAUGGCUCAAACCGAAAGUCAACGACUUUAUACACUGAUGCCAUAUUUUAGUCUGGUCGCCCCGGGCCUCUUUACAGCCUGGAUGUACUUCAGCCAACGUUCUGCAACGAGACAGACGGUGACUUGGCCUACGUAACACAUGUCCCAGCCAGUUAACUCAGUCGAUGAACAUCCACAACCUCAUCAACUGACUUAUCUCUUCUCCCUAAAACUCUGCGCUUGACUUCUGCGUUACCCACGUGGUGAUGCCACGGGAUACGGCCUAUACUAUGAAGGUAACGAUGGUCAAACACCUGAAGCCUUUUCAUGUCUCCUACAUUUAAUGGUCAUGUUUCACAGCUAUACGGUAGAAGAGAGCGAACUGAGGUGCAGUACACGCUACCCUUAGUAGAGAAUCGGAUAUCACGGCGGUGACACAGGUUAGGGUAAGUUGGCAAAAGCCGGCCGAGCCUUUUGUGUUCGUGCAGAAAUUUCCUCUGCCACUGAGCCACUGCGGCUGAACCUGCUUCGCAGGUAAGUGAAGUGGUCGACACACUCAACCACUACACUCUCAAUUGUUAGCCGAGGCACCGUUGAAGACCAGUCCUGGAGCAAGAAUUUGCAUUUGGGUGGUGAGAAACACAUUCCAAACAUUCUUCAUGCUUUAGUAUCCCAUUUUAUUCUUCGAUCUAGGUAUUAACUCGUUAUGUAACAAAUGUAUGUCACCCCGGUCGGCGAACAUCUGCAACUUUAUAAACUUGCCUCCCCCCCGAGGCAGCAUAUGACUAUUUCUCACAGGUAGGUAGGAUCGCUGCGCAAUUCGCUCGUCCAUCGAUGUACAAUCGGGUAUUUCGAUGGCAGGUGAUCUAAGCUGACAAAUAGCAAAGAAAUAUUUCUCUUGCGCUAAAAUAUUACGACCGACCAGUCCAUUAUGACUGACUCAGUUUCACAAAUAAGUGAAUCGGUCAACACACUCCACUCCGUAUCCUAUAAACAAUAGUCGGUACAGACCAGUCCUAAAGGAGUUUAAUAUUUGAAAACUGAGAAACAUGUUCAGGCUGCGAUCUAAUGAAGAAUAUUUACAGCUCAGGAAUAUGAUUUCGGUGGCGAACUGUCCUUUGAGUUUAACAGUUGAAUUAUAAAGCUUGCAUUAUCAUUCUAUACAAUACAAGCACAAACUUCCGAAUAGAGUGGUGUGACCAAUUUUCCAAAAAGAACUUUAGUCGGCUAUCCCGACGACCGUUGGUGUGACAAUUUGUCCCCAAUAAAAUGGGAAAACGGCAAAAUCUUGAAUACAGAAAUACAAAUAAUACCACAGAAAUUUUUGGAGCUUGGCACUGAAGUCAUUACUCAAGCUUAGGGAUAUUGAGAUUGAACCAAUAAGGAAUGUAAGAUCUGAGUUCAAGUCAAUGAGACAGCCAAUUAGAACACGCGUGGCAGAAAUGAACACGUUAUAGCAAAAGGGGACUAGUUAUAACCAGGACAGGCCACUUGAGAAUUUCGCUUAGUCCGCUUUUUUCUGUAGUGCGGUCUGGGGAUGUUUCCUAAAACGACAAUAACAGCUUCCCGACUAAACUGUUCAGCUCAAAGAAAACAACAGCAUCAAAGAUAUUCCGCAUUUUGUCAUCGUCUUUACCUAACAGGAAUAUGUCAUCUGUAUACUUUAAUUGAGUCACGCACGCCCCAGAAAGUAUGUCAAUCGACUUGACUCCAAGGGGACGUACGACCAUGUCUAUCGGCAUAUAUAGAACAAGAAUAAACUGACAGCAGUACACAUUCUCGGCGCAUACUUCGUAAGUCUAGACAUGGCUACGUGAGUACGAGUGGGAAGCCUUGGUUAGUAACAAUAUACUCCCUCGACAUUCCAUUCCUAGUUAAACUAUCACAACAGGCACUUGUAAGUGCGCUGCUCGAUUCACAUUCAUUCUUAUCAGAAACCUGUAUAUCUCGAGUUUGUUAUUUCCCAUUUCCAUUUAGGUAUUGUAUGAAUACGAACCCCUUAAGUCCAAGACAUGGUGUAGGUCAAACAGAUUCUUUUUCGUGUAAUCUGUAAUGUUGAACAGCUUAGUAGCACCAUCUCUAAUAUGCACCAUGCAGUGCAAUUGAUACCUCUAAUAUAGAUCAUAGGAGUAUGAUCUAUGUGUUAAUCGUUGGCAUGAAGUCAGAAGCCGUUUUCUUCAAGUUAGCGUUGGUCAAGAUUAAGUGAUGAAGAAAACAAAAUUAUAGGGAACAACCAUUGUUGCUGUUUCGAUAGCACAAAAUACAGAAGUUAUUCAUCAAGAUACCCUUCUGCUUAACUCAAGUUCUGAUACGAUAUAAGAAAAACUCAUUGUUAUCUAUACUGUUUAAUAAAUUCUACUUUUAUUGUAAUGAAUAACCUCGCCUGGUUAACUAGUUCACUAGUUACUAGCCGGUCCUAAGCCCGGGUAAAGAGGGAAGGUUGGACAUAGGGCUAGCAACCCUACCCCGUAAAACAAAUAUAACCGCCAAAGAGACUUCAAAGCAC